CGCCCGCUCUCUCUCCACUUACCAUUUUCUCACCCUUUUCCUUCCCCAUUUCUCCAUUCUCCUCAUUUUCUUCCGAUUUCCAAAAAUAGUAAUACCAAAGAUCCAAUAUUUGAUGCGCUGCAUCGCGAGAGAAUCUUUGGGAGCUAACUUAUUCGAGUGAAAACAGCUUAUACAGCAUCCAUGGAAGAGGAAAAUGUUUUCCAGUUUCUCCAACACUAUCGAAGAGACCGACAUGUACUCCUUAAUUAUAUUCUCUCGGGUAACUUAAUUAAGAAAGUUGUAAUGCCACCUGGAGCAGUUUCACUGGAUGAUGUGGAUAUAGAUCAAGUCAGUGUCGAUUAUGUUCUUAAUUGUGUGCGGAAAGGUGAAGAACUUGAUCUCUCAGAAGCCAUUAGGCUGUAUCAUGAUAGCCUUGAGUACCCUUCUGUGGCCAGUACAGCAUCUAGGGAAGAGUUCUUUUUAGUUACAAAUCCUGAAUCAUCAGGCUCAGCCCCAGCUCGUGCACCUCCACCAAUUCCUGAUUCUGCACCAAUUCCUAUCUCCACACCAAUUAUUUCAGCAGCCCCUGUCAUGCCAGUCUUAUCAAAAUCAGAGUCCUUCCAUUCUCAAGAAGAUGAAGAGUUAUCCAUAGACGAUAUUGAUGAUUUUGAAGAUGAAGAAGAAGUCAAUAGCAUCAGGGCAUCGCGAAGACAGUCAAAUGAUGCUAGUGCUCUCUCAUUAGGAUUGCCUUUGUUUGAAACAGGUAUCACAGAUGAUGAUCUUCGUGAAACUGCCUAUGAAAUUCUUGUGGCUGCUGCAGGGGCUUCCGGGGGUCUCAUAGUGCCAACCAAAGAAAAGAAGAAAGAGAAGAAAUCUAGGUUUAUAAAGAAGCUCGCUCGUAGCAAGAGUGAUAGUAUCACUUCCCAAUCCCAGCGCACUCCUGGUUUGGUUGGUUUAUUGGAGAUAAUGAGGGCACAACUGGAGAUUUCAGAAGCCAUGGAUAUUAGGACAAGGCAGGGAUUGCUUAAUGCUCUUGUAGGUAAAGUGGGGAAACGAAUGGAUAAUCUCUUGGUUCCACUAGAGUUGUUAUGUUGUGUUUCUCGAACAGAGUUCUCUGACAAGAAAGCUUACCUACGGUGGCAAAAGAGGCAGCUAAAUAUACUGGAAGAAGGGCUUGUAAACUAUCCUGCAGUUGGAUUUGGAGAAUCAGGACGCAAAGCAAAUGAAUUGAGGAUUCUGCUUAGAAAAAUUGAAGACUCUGAGUGUCUUCCACCUUCGGCUGGCGAGGUUCAGCGGACAGAGUGCCUGAGAUCACUCAGAGAGAUUGCACUCUCACUUGCUGAGAGGCCAGCUCGCGGUGAUCUAACCGGUGAAGUAUGCCACUGGGCUGAUGGCUAUCACCUUAAUGUAAAACUGUAUGAGAAAAUGCUCAGCAGCGUUUUUGAUGUAUUGGAUGAGGGAAAGCUUAUGGAGGAGGUUGAAGAAAUCAUUGAGCUUCUGAAGUCAACUUGGCGAAUUUUAGGAAUAACAGAGACCAUGCAUGACACAUGCUAUGCAUGGGUAUUGUUUCGACAGUUUGUAGUUACAGGCGAACAAGCGCUCCUUCAAAUUGUAAUUGAGCAGUUGCGAAAAGUACCGUUGAAGGAACAACGUAGUUCACAAGAACGAAUAAAGUUGAAAAGUCUUCAUUGCUUAGUCAAAGGUGAACAUGGCUCUCAAGAUUUGAACUUCUUACAGUCUUUUCUAUUACCCAUUCAGAGGUGGGCUGAUAAGAAGCUGGGGGACUACCAUUUGCACUUCUCUGAGGGUCCAACUCUGAUGGCUGAGAUCGUUAAUAUCACUAUGAUUAUUCGAAGGAUUCUACUUGAAGAAAGUGAAGAGGCAAUGAUCUCGGCUGAACAAGAUCAAAUCGAUGCAUAUAUCUUGUCUUCUGUCAAAAGUGCCUUUGUGAAGAUCACCCAUGGUAUUGAGGCUAGGGCAGAGAGAGCACAUGAACACAUGUUGGCUUCUCUUGCAGAAGAGACCAAAAAACUUAUGAAGAAAGAUUCAACCAUGUUCACGCCAAUUUUAUCUCGAUGGCAUCAGCAGGCAGCAGCUGUUUCUGCCUCACUUCUCCAUAAGCUUUAUGGUCACAAGCUGAGGCCAUUUCUUGAUCGCACUGAACAUCUUACAGAGGAUGCAGUAUCUGUGUUUCCAGCAGCUGAAAGCCUUGAACAGUACGUUAUUAUGGUCAUUGCAUCAGCAUGUGGGGAAGAUGGUAUUGAUGCAUACUGCAAACAAAAGUUAACCUUAUACCAGGUUGAAAACAAAUCUGGCACGUUGGUUUUGCGCUGGGUGAAUGCACAAUUAGGGCGAAUUAUUGGGUGGGUUGAACGAGCCGUUUUACAGGAGAUUUGGGAUCCAAUUUCCCUUCAGCAGCGACAUGGGAGUUCAAUUGUUGAAGUUUACAGAAUUAUAGAGGAGACGGUUGAUCAAUUUUUUGCUCUUAAAGUGCCGAUGAGGGUUGGAGAACUAAAUAGCCUUUGUCGUGGCAUUGAUAACGCAUUUCAAGUUUAUACUCACCAUGUCGUUGAAAAGAUAGUUGACAAAGAAGAUUUGAUACCUCAAGUUCCUGUUCUCACUCGAUAUAGAAAAGAAAGUGGUAUCAAGUCGUUUGUGAAGAAGGAAGUAGUAGAUUUUAAAGUGACUGAUGACAGAAGCUCUAGUCAAAUCAAUGCUCUUACAGUUCCCAAACUUUGUGUGCGACUGAAUACUCUAUAUUAUGCAAUUACUCAGUUGAAUAGACUGGAAGACAGCAUUAACGAGCGGUGGACAAGGAAAAAACAUGAGAAUAUUAAUAUUAAACGAUCAACAAAUGAGAAGUUGAGAAGCUCUGUGUCGAUCCAGAAGGAUGCAUUUGGCGGGAGUAGGAAAGACAUAAAUGCAGCUAUUGAUAAAAUAUGUGAGUUCACAGGAACAAAGGUCAUCUUUUGGGACUUGAGGGAACCAUUUAUAGACAAUCUAUACAAACAUAGUGUUUCACAGGCUAGGUUGGAGUCACUUAUUGAAGCACUUGAUGUGGUUUUAAAUCAACUUUGUGAUGUCAUUGUUGAGCCACUCCGGGAUCGCAUAGUGCAAGGGCUUCUUCAAGCCUCCUUGGAUGGCCUACUAAGGGUGAUACUCAGCGAUCUCGAAAAUUUGAAGGAAUUUUUUAUAUCGGGUGGCGAUGGGUUGCCUCGAGGGACCGUUGAAAACUUGGUGGCAAGGGUACGCCCCAUUAUAAAACUGAUCAGCUUUGAGACUCGUGUCCUGAUCGAAGAUUUGAAAGAGGUCACCCAAGGAAACACGAGCAGACUUGGUGCUGAUUCAAAAACUCUUCUGAGGGUUUUGUGCCACAGAAAUGAUUCUGAUGCUUCUCAGUUUCUUAAAAAGCAGUUCAAAAUACCCAAGUCAGCUGCUUGAAGAAUAAAAUGCCAUGUGCAAAAUGAAUGUAUGCUAUUGUAGAAAUAUCCUUGUAUCGAUUUUGGGAAGUCAUGUAAAUACAUUAAUUUGCAACUAAUGUUCAAUUUUUUUAUUUACUGAUAAUGUAAACGUCAACUGUGUAUUCUCUUUUGUUACUGCUGAUGUUCUACAGGAGUACAGGAACCUGUAUCUAAAUUACGAUGUAGCAAUAUUGAAGUGCUGUUUCCUUAAGUUAAUUUUGGCUUUAGGAACAUGCUGCGAGAGAGGGGUGGGGGGUGUUAUUGUAAUUAUGAGUCAGAAAUUUGUUUAUAGGCGAAUGUGGUUGGUUAUGCAAGGGAAUCAAAUUUAUAACAAU